GCUCAUAGAAGCAAGCGCAACGUCAUCGGACUAGCGCGUCUUAUCGAUUACGAUGUUCAAUAAUUGUUAUUCCACAAUCUUGCCCCUCUCUGCGACUCACGCCCAACUUAGGACCUGCAAAUCGCCUCUCUCUUACAUACAGACAUAUUAUUCGACAUGGUGCGCCACAAGAAAGACUUCAAGGGCAACAACAAGUUCAAAAAUCCCGCGAAAGCACGCGGUCCUCCCCGCCCCCGCCGCGCAUCGGAUGCAGAUGAGAACGAUGGCGACAACCCGAGGCCUGCGAAACCAGAGUUUAAAGCCGCAUGCUGGGACCUCGGACACUGCGAUGCCAAGCGCUGUUCUGGAAAGAGGCUCAUGCGCCUGGGCAUGAUGCGCGAGCUUCACGUUGGACAGAAGUUUGCAGGUGUCGUGGUUAGCCCGAAGGCAAAGAAGAUACUUAGUCGCGAAGACAAGGACUUGAUGGAACAAUAUGGCGCUGCAGUUGUGGAAGCCAGCUGGAAGAGGAUAGACGAAGUCCCGUUCGGCAGGAUAGGUGGCAAGUGCGAACGUCUACUUCCGUACCUCGUUGCUGCAAACCCAACAAACUACGGUCGACCAUGGCGGCUAAACUGCGUCGAAGCUCUUGCCGCUUGCUACUAUAUCACUGGGCAUCCCGAAUGGGCCGAAUCAAUUCUGUCGACUUUCUCAUACGGCCAGGCGUUCUUGGACAUCAACGCUGCGCUGCUCAAGCGUUACAUGGCAUGCGAGAAUGAAGAGCAAAUCAAAAAGGCCGAGGAAGUCUGGCUGGAGAAGAUUGAGCGCGAAUACAACACGAGCCGAGAAGAGAAAGAGGAUGGCGUUGAAGAGGAUGUUUGGGCUGGCGGAAACAUGAACCGAAGGGUCAUCGAUGAAUCAGAUGAUGACGAUGAUGAUGAGAAUGAUGAGGGUGAUGAGGAUGAAGAAGACGAAAUCGACCCGCGAAACCCUUACAAUAUCCCAGAGUCCUCAGACGAUGAGGAGGAGAUGGCAGAGCUAAGGCGCCGUGUCCUGGCAUCGAAGCCCUUCACCAACCCCACGCCAAAAGAUGCAGAGGAAGAAGAAGACGAGGAUGACAAGAAGAUACCCGAACGUAUACCUCGAACUGAACCUGCGCCAGGAAAUGCCAAGGCAGGCGAGGAGGAUGACAGCGAGCCUGCAGAAGGUGAUGUCGACGACGAUGAGUUUGACAGCUUCAUGGCUGCACAGCCCACAACAGAUCGUACAGGGAUAGGAAGCAAGCAAAGAUCAAAGGCUAUGGAUAACAAGUACAAGGCCACUUUUUCGAGUGGCAGUGUGAAAGCACCCAGUGGGCGAGGCUACCAAUGAUCACCAAUGUAGUUCCUGUAGCAAUGAGAGAGCAGAAUCACAAUCUGGGGACUCCUGUCAGAUUGACUGAGCCCAUUGCAAC